UAUAGUUGCACGGUUAUUCAAUUAGCGCGGGGAUUCGUUAACGCUGCCAGAAGUGCACGUUCGCUCACCGAAGUUUCGUGACAGUUUCUUGGGUCGACUAAUCCAUCCCACGAUAGCAAGUAUGUGAAGCACUGAGACUUCUCGUGGAGUUGGUUGGGCACCAGCGAUUUGUUUUUUUUUAUGCAAACCGGACGACGGACAGCGGCAAGAUUUUGCCCGUGUUGCAUCAACCAGCAGUGGUGCCAUUGUCAGUUGGUACAGCAGCAACACCAGACAGUCGUUUUUUGUGUGUGUGCGUGCGUGUGUGAAUAAUCCGACAGUCCGACAGCAAGCGUGAACAGAGGAAAUAACAGGUCGGCAAAUGUCAUGUGUUCCGAUGAUGUUUCGCCCGAAGAAGAUCACUGACUGCAGUGGAGUUCCCGGUGCCGGAACAUCGACCACGGCCGGAGCUGGCGGCGGAGGAGGCACCGCCCGGGGUGGUGGGAGCAGCAUGUACUCCGCCCGGCACUCGGUCAGUUCGUCGUCCGGCGUGCUCAUGGUCGGACCGAACUUUCGGGUCGGCAAAAAGAUCGGCUGUGGCAACUUCGGCGAACUGAGGCUGGGGAAGAACCUCUACAACAAUGAACACGUAGCAAUAAAAAUGGAGCCAAUGAAAUCAAAAGCACCACAACUGCACUUAGAGUAUAGGUUUUACAAAUUGUUAGGAUCACAUGAUACACAGUCUCCUCCCGAGGGGAUCCCCCGUGUGUAUCAUCUAGGUACGUGUGGUGGCCGUUACAAUGCAAUGGUACUAGAACUAUUGGGACCAUCGUUAGAAGAUCUUUUCACGUUAUGUGGAAGGAAAUUCUCACUCAAGACUGUUCUGAUGAUAGCUAAGCAACUACUCCACAGGAUCGAGUAUGUGCAUAGUCGUCAUUUAAUUUAUAGAGAUGUAAAACCAGAAAAUUUUCUAAUCGGUAGAAGUUCAAAUAAACGUGAUAAAAUUAUACAUAUAAUAGAUUUUGGUCUCGCCAAAGAGUAUAUUGACUUAGAUACGAAUAAACACAUACCAUAUCGAGAACAUAAAUCGCUAACGGGCACGGCGAGGUACAUGUCGAUCAACACGCAUAUGGGCAAGGAACAGUCCAGGCGUGACGACCUGGAGGCGCUCGGUCACAUGUUUAUGUAUUUCUUAAGAGGUUCACUGCCAUGGCAAGGUCUGAAAGCCGACACACUCAAAGAGCGAUACCAAAAAAUUGGUGAUACGAAACGGGCGACACCGAUCGAUGUGCUGUGCGAGGGACACCCGGAGGAAUUCGCGAAAUACCUGCGCUACGUGCGGCGGCUAGACUUUUUUGAAACACCUGAUUAUGAUCACUUACGGAGAUUAUUUCAAGAUUUAUUCUAUUUUAAGGGUUAUGUAGACGACGGUGAAUUCGAUUGGACCGGGAAAACGAUGCCAUCUAACUUCUACGUGAUGCGACAACUGCGAAACGCUCCACCGUCUCACAUUGCCAAGACGAAGUCGGCCAAGUCAACCCCAGUUGGAUCGCUGCAAACCGGCCACGAAGUAGUUGUAUCACCAAACAGAGAAAGACACACACCUGUAAAUAAGGAUGGAGAUUUUUUCAGUUACUAUGACGAAGACCUGAAUGAUGAAACUCUACAGAUUAUACAAGAGCAGACGAAUUCGAAAGGAGGUAUCGCCGCCUGGCCGGACGUGCCCAAACAGACUGGAACACUGGGCAACCUAACGCCAGCCGACCGACAUGGUUCAGUUCAGGUCGUAAGUUCAACCAACGGAGAAUUGAAUGCCGACGAUCCAACCGCCGGACAUUCGAACACACCCAUCACGCAGCAACCGGAAGUGGAACUGAUCGAUGAAACAAAAUGUUGUUGCUUCUUUAAACGAAAGAAGAAGAAAUCAUCCCGUCAGAAAUGACUAGAAGCAGUGCAAUGUAGUCCGGAACGUGAGGCUGUCAAGCUGCUACGAGCAACGUCACACUCCAAUUCGCGCGAUAGCGUGCUGAAUCCUAGCCAGGAUUACAUCCAGGCGUCAUCGCAGCACACGAUCAGAUAUCCAUCCACCUCUAUAAUGGCAUCGACACCGACCGCCACCACGCCGACACUUCCAUUGUAAUUUAUUGCUAACUAUUAUUAUGCUAAUCCAGAUUAAUAAUAAUUAAUUAUUAAAUUAUUUAUUAUAAUUUACCGCGCGGUGUUGCAUCCCAACAUAAAUGAAUGAAACGCGAAUGAACGACCUUCUGUUCACGACCACGAUUCCAAAACAAAACAAAAAUACGCCAUUUUGUUGCGUACUCGGUUUCGGUUCGUACCACAAACCGUUAUCGUGCCGUCGGGUUGAACAUGAUUCUGACGAAACCCGAAACCGCAAACGCGUUGUCCCGUCCGAAAACUCGGAACGUUCCCGUGUGCGUAUGUGUGCCACAAUCAUCCCUGAAAAUCCAACCAAUUCGAUAUCAACCACAACCACAAUCGCGACAUGUCAUCCCAAUCGAUAACGACGAACAGUGACUUUGAUGAUGACAUUGAUUUCGAUCCCGAUGACCUUACGAUCCUGUUGCACUUUUUCCGCAAACUCUGAGAUCGGCUUUCGAUCUCUGUGAAGGGAUCCGGCAGACGACUGCUACUAUCGGACACUGUCUAUCCGACUCUCAGUAGUUCUAGUACAUCACCAUCUCAACUUUACUGUCAAUCUUUCUACUACUAUCACUACCUUAACGAAACUAGAACAGAGUACAACUACAACAAAACAACUGAUCACCAGCAACACCACCACACCUUCUACUAUUACUUUUCCUUCUAGUACUAUCACCCUAAAUCAGCAAAAAAAAAAAACAAAACAAAAUCCCCUCCUAGUUAUCAGCAUCUCCCUCUAUUUUUCAUGCAGAAUAGGCUAGGUAUACAAAAACUAAGACCAGCGUCAGAUCUUUGUAAAAACAAAAACAACAUUCCGGUCCCAAAUAAAAAAAAAAGUUGCCUCCUCGCGCGAAAAUAAGUAUGUCGUGAAUAAUUGGCCUCUUUGAAUAUGUGUAGAUAAUCAGGACAUUCUUGAGAUCCCACGCGGUGGCACACAUAACUAGCUAAGCAAGAUGUAAUUCGGACAGACACAGAAUACAACGCCUACUUCUCUCUGUACUAUUUACAACUAUCCGAUUUUCUUUUCCUCUCUCUGUUGGAAACUGUUCACGAAAACACAACCUACAUUAUCAGCUAUGUAAUGUUCCUAUACCUCCGGUCGUAGCAGAAAACCUUCGAACCUAGAGACUUCAUCACAUGAAGAGAUAUAAUCAGAGUCACUGGAGCGAGUUGCCAUAAGCUGGCCUCGCUAUCUUUUGUCUCUUAAAAUUGUUGGCCUGCUGGGUGUGUUUUUUUUACUUCAGUAAACCUAUGAAACCCCAUGAACCUCAGGGUUAUUCUUUCGAAUGCAUUUUGUGUGUUUUGUAGUACUAGUCGAACAAAUCGGUGAAUGGAAUCCGCACUUUUCGCACUCUGUGUCAUACGUGUUUUGGAAACAAAAUUCCUAAACCACACGACCUCGUACAUCUCUGACAGAUAGCGCUAAAUUGUGUAGUACUAGAAUACACGGCAUACUACAACAGUCGCUUUAAUGUUUCCAUCCAGUGCGAAAAGUUAGAAGUAGUCUAACGAAAUUAACAAAAACACAGUGUUUUUUUGUGGACUACACAAUUAAUGUGUUCGCAUUUCUCCGACCAAUUUUGACCCCAAAAAUCGGUAGUCUUUUUCCAAACUAUUUGAAACGCCGUUCGCGGUACUGCACUACAGCACAGUACUAGCAAGAGUAAGAGCAUUCCUAUUCAGUUCGCCAGAUAGGUGACGAACGGUUGCUUGUUACAUUUCAACUUAACUUCAGUCAAUUGUGCAUUUAUUAUGCGUGCGUUGCGGUUUGGAAACCAACAUGAUAGUAAUCUAUUGCUAUUAUCAAGCCCCCUCCCCCUCUCCGUAAGAAGAUAACAGUCUGUUCGAUCCGUCUUAUUAUGAUCGAACGUAGAAUGCGACAUAUUGUUGAAAAGAAGAAGAAAAACUCCCGGUUGCUUCAUCUCUACGUACAGCGAUGUGUUAACCAGCUAUCCAACUAAUUCAGUCAUUUGUAUCUAUUUAGGAAAGUUGUUAGAAACGGAACUCUCAAAAGGUGUUGAAGAAGCAUAAGUAGGCAGCAUAAUGUUUUCAUUCAUUCGUUUAAUUUUUUUUUGUUCUUUAGAGAGAAACUAAUUGAAUGAAAACAAAACUACUAAUUAGUUAGUAAACGUUACUUUAUUUCCUUUUAUAAAGUGUACUGUUUUUUUUAAUGGUUGAACAAAGCAAAACUUAAAAGAUGAGCAAAGAUGAGACAGAAGUAGAAAAAAAGAGAGUGUGGAUCAGUGUGAAAAAAUAUUUGCUUUCUCUACUGCAUAGGUUUUGAGUAUCAACUAACACAACACUGUAGGAGAGCGAAAUUAUGUAUUGUUUUACCGGUAGUAAUGGAUGACAAUCCACACCGCAAUAACACACACACACAUGAGAAAAGCAUUGCAAGAGUCUGUUGAUUUUUUCUUUUCUUUUUCGUUUAAUCUAAUUGUGAUAUAAAUAGUUUCUUUGUAUAGUGUAUAUUUUUACAGCGUACCAUGUAAGAGUAUGUAUUUAAGUCAGCAAGAAACUACUAGACUAGCUAAUGAGAAAUGAAAGAAAAAUUUCGUUUGAGUGCAGAAACGUUGACGAGAGUGACAUGAGGAAAAAAAUUGUCUAAAAAGGAAAAUAAAAAAAAUGACUGUAGUAGUUAAUUAUUAAA